CGAACUGUUUCUGCCUGGGCACGUUCUACCACAGUUCAGCCAAUAGUUUCUUUCGAACAACUGGGUGAUUCGCAUCGACGUUAAGCUAGGCUUGGAUUUAAAAAAUCAAUUGAAAUUGUCGUUUUUAAGUGAUUUUUCCAACUUGAAGACCGUUUUUGAUCGUCACCAAUUAAACGAUCGGAGAACCACAUUUCGGAAAAAUGAGCUACGAUAAGCAUGUUCAGAAUGUUCAGCUGAUGGCUGCCGUGAAGGCGGGAGUUCUUCAAACGGUUGAAGAACUCAUUAACGCUGGCGCAGACGUCAAUUUUGUCGAUAAAUAUGACAAAAACGAAACUCCUCUGCAUGUGGCUGUCAAUGCCAGCAACGCAAGGUUGGCAGAAUUGCUUCUCGCUAAAGGAGCAAACACUGAGGCCAGAAACAUUGACAACGAGAAACCCAUGGAUUUGUGCUCCCGUCUGGAAGAAACGAAGAAACAAGAGAUUGAAGCCGUUUUCAACAGCCAUUUUGGCAUCAAAACCUACAUCAAACGCGCUGGGACUGGAGCCGUCGAGCAGUACUACAGGACGAAGCUGCUGGCCAUGGUGCUGUUUCGUUUGCUUCACGAUGACCAGAUCGAGAGCUUCUACCUGGGAAAUAACUUGGGCGAGGUGGGCGCAUUUGACGAUGUGGUGCUCCGAACCUGUAGCCAAGGUAGAUCUCGUGUGUACUUUUUACAGGCCAAGCAUCGAGAUUCUACAGACCGUGUUAAUUUAAGUGAUUUAGUUAACAUGCAGCAAACAAAUGGUGAUUUCCAUCUAUCGAAAUAUUUCGAUAGUUAUUUGAAGAUACGUUACAUGUUCGAGCAGACUAGUGAGCAUGCAAUUUUUCAAGGAAAAUACGAGGAAACAGAGCUGACAAUGAUAAUUUUCACUCCAGCUAUAGUAAAUUAUCACAAUGAAGUACAGUGUGAAAUAAUCAACUCCAAGGACAUAUUCUACAGCAAAACGUCUGGCAAAAUAAUAAAAAUCAUGUGUACAUCAGAUUUGCUAGAACCAUUCAUAAAAAUAUCUGAAGAAUGGCAUUCAAAUGCAGAAUUAUCGAACAAAUUUUCAAAACCUCAGCUGCCAUCGCAUAACGACCACGCCAAUUUAGUAAAGGAUUUUUUCGAAAAAGUGAGGAUUCAUGCAGAGCAAGCCACGGAAGCGGAGCUAGCCGGAAUUGUUCAGUACGAUAUUAGAGACAAAAAUUAUGAAAGUGAAGAUAUGAUUUUCGCUAAAUUCCAUAGUUCAAUAGAAAACUGGUGGAUGCAAUCCGGUCAAGUGCCAUUUGAAACUAAAAGUUGUCAACUGUUCAAUUUAGCUGUUAAUGAAGUAAAACUUGAUAAGAUUCAGUCGGUUAGUUUCGACAAGGUCGGGAAAUAUUUAUUAAAAUUUAAUGUCGAUUCAGCAUUAUAUUCUAAGUGGGACUCUUCUUUAUCAAAAAUGGAAAAUAAUAAUAUUUUUUUCUUAAACAUAUUCAGCAGCACACCCAAACUCAGCUGUUUAAAACUCAUUCAAUAUCUCGAAUUGAAGGGGUUUGAUUUUAAGUUUGUCGUCAUCGAGCAAAUCGAAGCAAAGCACAUCAUUGAUGUUUUGUCAAAAAACCUACCAAAACGCAUGAUACUCGUGUUUCUUCCUCUGCUUAACAACAGCGUCAUAGAGCAAUUACGCCAAACUGUUUGCAAAUUAAUAGUAAUAACUAGUGAAGAAUGCCAUAAAAAUUGUACUACACUAGCCGACGAAACAAGAGGCUUAGAUGAUCUUGACUUUGAAUGUCAAGAGAAAAUUCUCAACAGUAUUGUAACGUUUCAAAGCUCUGAAAUACCCUUGAGGAAGCUUAUGGAUGGUGUGCCUAGCCAUCUAAUUGAUGCUCAAAUGUUGCAAAGGUUCGUCAAUGGUGAAGAAUUUGUUAUAACCAAUAAGUUCCAGUCAGCCUUCUGCAAAUCCAAAAACGCAGUCCAAAUGCUACUGGACUUGGGUGCUAAUGCUAACUUGGGUGUAACCAAAAAUGGAUUUACGGCAUUACAUUGGGCAGCUCAAAAUGACAUGCCUGAGAUCAUCCAACUACUCAUAGACAAAGGAGCAAACAUUGACUGUAUUACAACGGAUAACGGUCGAACUCCUUUAAAUCAGGCAGCCUUCUGCAAAUCCACAAAUGCAGUCAAAAUGCUGCUGGACUUGGGUGCCAAUGCAAACUUGGGUAGAACCAGCGAUGGUUUUACGCCAUUACAUUGGGCGGCAUUUAAGGACUCGCCUGAGAUCAUCCAGCUACUCAUAGAUAAAGGAGCAAACAUUGACUGUAUUACAACGGAUAACGGUCGAACUCCUUUACAUGAGGCAGUCUCCUUCAAAUCUACAAAUGCAGUCAAAAUGCUGCUGGACUUGGGUGCCAAUGCAAACUUGGGUAAAACCAGCGAUGGUUUUACGCCAUUACAUUGGGCGGCAUUUAAGGACUCGCCUGAGAUCAUCCAGCUACUCAUAGAUAAAGGAGCAAACAUUGACUGUAUUACAACGGAUAACGGUCGAACUCCUUUAUAUCAGGCAGCGCUCUGCAAAUCCACAAAUGCAGUCAAAAUGCUGCUGGACUUGGGUGCCAAUGCAAACUUGGGUAAAACCAGCAAUGGUUUUACGCCAUUACAUUGGGCGGCUCAUAAUGACAUGCCUGAGAUCAUCCAGCUACUCAUAGAUAAAGGAGCAAACAUUGACUGUAUUACAACGGAUAACGGUCGAACUCCUUUACAUGAGGCAGUCUCCUUCAAAUCUACAAAUGCAGUCAAAAUGCUGCUGGACUUGGGUGCCAAUGCAAACUUGGGUAGAACCAGCGAUGGUUUUACGCCAUUACAUUGGGCAGCACAUAAUGACAUGCCUGAGAUCAUCCAACUACUCAUAGAUAAAGGAGCAAACAUUGACUGUAUUACCACGGAUGACGGUCGAACUCCUUUGUGUCAGGCAGCAUUCUGCAAAUCUACAAAUGCAGUCAAAAUGCUGCUGGACUUGGGUGCCAAUGCAAACUUGGGUAGAACCAGCGAUGGUUUUACGCCAUUACAUUGGGCGGCAUUUAAGGACUCGCCUGAGAUCAUCCAGCUACUCAUAGAUAAAGGAGCAAACAUUGACUGUAUUACAACGGAUAACGGUCGAACUCCUUUGAGUCAGGCAGCGAUGCGCAAAUCCACAAAUGCAGUCAAAAUGCUACUUGACUUGGGUGCUAAUGCUAACUUGGGUAAAACCAGCAAUGGUUUUACGCCAUUACACUGGGCAGCAUAUUUUAACAUGCCUGAUAUCAUCCAGCUACUCAAAGACAAAGGAGCAAACAUUGACUGUAUCACCACGGAUGACGGUCGGACUCCCCUGUACGUAGCAGCCGCAGGGGGGUCUGCAAACGCAGUUGAAAAGCUUUUGAAUUUGGGCGCUAAUCCAGGUAAAUGCACAAAUAUUGGAUCAACGCCGUUGAGCAUAGCUGUUCAAAAAGAACAUUCGUACAUUGAAAAAAUGUUACAAGACUAUAGUUCCAGAAAGCUAACAAGUUUUUCUCGUGAACGUAGAUGGUGACACUGGACUUGCUCUCACCGUGUGUAUUUUGUUUAUGAUCGGAAAAGUCAUCCCACAACGAAUUCAUCCAGAAACUAUUCGUAGUGAGUUGGCAGCCAUCUUGUUUUUAAGAGCAUGGGAAAAAAAAUUUAAGAGGUACCCUUCCCAGAUGUAAUAUUACUAUAAUUAUAUUUACUGUGUAGGUGAACUUGACAGAAUGCAAGCACUUUUUAGAUUUAUUGGCUAUUGAUAAAAAAAAUAUUGUCUGAAUUGUUUUGUUAGGUUUGCUUUACGUUUUAAAUUGCUAUUUCAUUUACUAGUUUUUGUGCGUAAAUCUAAAAUAACUCAUAGGAAAUAUCAUGAUGUUGCCUUCAAAAAAGUAAUUUUUCAUAGUUAUGUGUAUAAGGUUUGAAAAUGAAAAUAAUUCGGAUUCUAGUUUAUUCUAAAUAAAAUUUUACACUUUAUUUCGUUAUUUUUUAACCACAUUUAUCAGCAUAACACAGUUAUUUUUUUUUAAACACGUCAAAUUUUGCAAUAAUAAACAUAUACUAUAAGCUAAAAAAAA